CUCGCAUCCCCGCCCCGCCGCGGCUCUGCGCCCUGCGCGUCAACAGCCCUGCUAGCCAGUAGCUGACAGCCGCAGCGCCGCGAGCUCCUCUCCUCCCUGGGAGGCAGGGCGCCGGAAUAUAUUUCAAAACUGAGUGAUUUCAGCCAAGUCAAAGCAUUCUGUCUUCCCAGAGGCACCAGGAGAGGUCAGAUCAUUCAUCAUGGUGAACGCUGGCUGCUGGCUACUGGUUCUUUUUGUGGCUACAUGGAGUGACAUUGGCCUCUGCAAGAAGCGACCAAAACCAGGAGGAGGAUGGAACAGCGGGGGCAGCCGUUACCCAUCUCACAGCGGGGGCAACUGGGGCCAGCCCCAUGGCGGUGGCUGGGGACAGCCCCAUGGUGGUAGUUGGGGCCAGCCCCAUGGUGGAGGCUGGGGACAGCCCCAUGGUGGUGGCUGGGGUCAUGGAGGUGGCACCUACAAUCAGUGGAACAAACCCAGUAAGCCCAAAACCAACAUGAAGCAUAUGGCAGGCGCUGCAGCGGCGGGGGCAGUGGUGGGAGGUCUGACUGGCUACAUGCUGGGGAGUGCCAUGAGCAGGCCCCUCAUCCAUUUCGGCAGUGAUUAUGAGGACCGUUACUACCGUGAGAACAUGUACCGUUACCCCAACCAAGUGUACUACAGGCCCGUGGAUCAGUACAACAACCAGAACAGCUUUGUGCAGGACUGCGUCAAUAUCACGAUCAAGCAGCACACAGUCACCACCACCACCAAAGGGGAGAACUUCACCGAGACCGACGUGAAGAUAAUGGAGCGCGUACUGGAGCAGAUGUGCACCACGCAGUACCAGAAGGAGUCCCAGGCCUACUACUACCGCGGAAGAGCCGGCUUGGUGCUCUUCUCCUCCCCACCUGUGAUCCUCCUCAUCUCCUUCCUCAUCUUCCUGAUAGUGGGAUGAGGAAGAUCUUCCUAUUUGCACUGGCAUCCUCAUCUUGGUCCAGGUUGGGGGAGGGGUAUACACCUGCAGCCCUUUUAGUGGUGGCAUCUCAUUCUUACUUCUCUCUUUGUCCCCCAUAGGCUAAUAACCUUGGCACCAAUGGGCACUGGAAAAUGUAGAGUAGACCCAGAUGCUAUCUAUUCAAGGCCCCUUUGAGUCCUUCAUGGGCCAAUGUCAGGCCAGUAAGAGUAUAACAAAAUAAUCAUCAGUUAAUCUAGGCUUGUUUUUGAUGUAGUACAACAGGUUGAGGCCGAAACAGAUCUCAAAACAGUUGUCAGUUACCUUUGCCUGAACCUCUGUGGUUUCAUAAGCAGCCAGAGCUCAGGACAUGAAUAUUCCAGCUUAGCAGUGAUUUUAUAGCAGUUUGGAAAUUUUUUCUCUUCCCUUUUAAGAAAACAUGACAGCAUUUCUGCCAAAUUUGGAAAAAGGCCACGUGAUACUAUUCAAAAAACAGAAAAGCAAACAAUAGAAAUCCUUCACCCUCUGGCCACAAGUUCAGCCUGCUAGAGUGUGUGCCCUGUGUCCACAGAAAGCCUUUUGAAAUAGGGGCUGCACAGCAGUUGCUGCAUCAGGAGGAAAAUACUGGUGCAACCCUAGGCCUCCAGGCAGAGGACACAUUCACAGAAGGUGAGCAUGACUGCAGCACAGACUGAAGUCUUCUGGGACUGAAAACUCAAGCAUUUGCAAACAUUGCCCUUGCAGACAGCCUCCCAUUUGGGAUGUGUAAAACAUCCACACAUGGCACCCUUUCUUUAGAAACAUGAACUACAGGUAACACAGAAAUUAAAUUACCUUCUAAACACUCAAAGCAAAUCUCCUUUGUUCAUUUACUGGAAACUAGAAUGAUUUUAACCUUGUUUGAGUGGGACCAGCCGAUUGUGACUCCAAGGAAAGCGGCAGUUGCAAAGCAUGGUCCUCUGGAGGGUUAUGUAAUGAAGAGGUAGUUAAUGUGCAGACAAAAAAGUUUCUUCAUUUCUGUCUCAAAAUUAGGUUGAGUCCUUCAUUUCUGUAAUUUGCUUUUAAAUCAAAGAACAAGGAGACAAUCUAAAAAAUAAGUUGCAGAUGACAGAAAUAUCCAUUCCAAGUAGAAGAAAUUCUAUUACUGUUAUCAAAAUAAGGUCAAUUCUUCACUAAAUUGUUCAAUACUGUCACCUAGCAAAUGUCUUACUAUACUGCAAUGUUAUUGGCUUGCACUAUGUGGGUAUUCUAUGUAAGAUAUAUAUAAAAUACAUAUAUUGCAUAUGGCAAACUUAGAAGUUUUGUUUAGAGCAGUAACAUCUGAAAUGUCUAAUGCAUUAGCCGUUUCAUAAGGCAUUAAAUAAACCUAAAAAGUGGGAACCUUUUUGCGUGGCCCUUAGGCUUACAAUGUGCACUGAAUAGUUUUGUAUAAGAAUCCAAAGUGGAUACUAACUGGUCUUUGAAAUAUGCAUGUACUUUAUAUUUUCUAUAUUUGUAACUUUGCAUGUACUUGUUUUGUUGUAUAAGAAGUUUGUAAGUGUUUAUUAUCUGACUGAAAUUAAACUGAGCUAAAAUGA